GUGUGUGGUAAUUUCCGUUAUUAAAAAUGCGAUACAAUUUCCAUCACUCGAAAUCAUUGCAAAUAGUCUCUGCUGCGUUUCUACAUAUGUUCUACACCACCUAUGUACUGUUCCACAUCACGUUGCGUUGUUGUAAUGAAAUGCAAAUAUUGUAUUGUAUUCGAUGAAGAAAGUAUUUCUCAUGCGGUUUACCAACACAAAAGAUUCAUGUUUGUGUAUGAGUUUUAAAGGGAAGGAUUUCCUUUAUUCCAAAAUGGAAGCCACCACGAGCUCUCCGCCGAGCGAAAAGAAAAAAGAAUCGCUGAAAGAAAGUGUUACAUUCAAGUCACUUGGUGUUGUAGAUGUGCUCUGUGAGGCUUGUGACAAGCUAAAAUGGAAGACACCGUCAAAGAUUCAGACAGAGGCACUUCCUGUGGCAUUACAAGGUAAAGAUGUGAUUGGUCUAGCAGAGACAGGGUCCGGGAAGACCGGUGCCUUUGCUUUGCCCAUCCUCCAAGCCUUACUGGAUACCCCUCAGAGAUUGUUUGCUCUCAUCAUGACUCCAACGAGAGAACUCGCCUAUCAGAUCUCAGAACAGUUUGAAGCCUUGGGUUCCACCAUUGGGGUGUCUUGUGUGGUAAUUGUCGGAGGUAUUGAUAUGAUGACACAAGCACUUCAGUUGGCUAAGAAACCCCAUGUUGUCAUUGCUACACCAGGUCGUCUAGUAGACCAUCUGGAGAACACAAAAGGUUUCAAUCUUAGAGGUCUUAAAUACUUGGUAAUGGAUGAAGCUGAUCGAAUUCUUAAUAUGGAUUUUGAGGCUGAGAUUGACAAGAUACUCAAGGUCAUUCCAAAGCAGAGAAGAACUUAUCUAUACUCGGCUACCAUGACAAAGAAGGUUGCAAAGCUUCAGAGGGCUUCACUUCAGGAUCCUGUCAAAGUUGAAGUCUCAACAAAAUACCAGACAGUUGAUAAGCUCCAGCAGAGCUAUAUAUUCAUCCCAGCAAAGUACAAGGAUUGCUAUCUUGUGUCUGUCUUGAAUGAGCUAGCUGGGAACUCAUUCAUGGUUUUCUGUAGUACUUGUAACAACACUCAGCGAGUAGCGUUGCUUCUCAGGAAUCUAGGUCUCACAGCUAUACCACUUCAUGGACAAAUGAGCCAGUCCAAACGGCUUGGUACGCUCAACAAGUUCAAAUCAAAGAGCAGAUCGAUCCUGAUAGCAACUGAUGUAGCAAGCAGAGGACUUGACAUACCCCAUGUAGACUGUGUUAUUAACUUUGACAUUCCAACUCAUUCAAAGGAUUAUAUUCACCGAGUUGGUAGGACGGCUAGAGCAGGAAGAGCAGGCAAGGCUAUCACCUUUGUUACACAAUACGAUGUUGAACUGUACCAGAGGAUAGAACAGCUGAUUGGCAAGAAGCUUCCUCUAUUUAAGAUGGAGGAAGAGGAGGUUAUGAUGCUGAUGGAGAGAGUGACCGAGGCUCAGAGAUAUGCUAAGAUGGAGAUGAAAGAUUCUGAUGAGAAGAAGAAAGGUCGCAGCAGAGGUCACGAUACAAUGGAAGAUAGCGAAGAGUUCACAGGGGUCAGGAAACGUAUGAAGGUCAAACACAAGGGCCGGAGGUGAAAGUCAGACACAAGGUCAAAUGCAGAGCUUCAGAAAAAUGUAUUGAACUUCAGCAAAUAAAGCCAACAUGUAGGAACUUGCUUCAAAUUGACAUAUUCAUGCCAUGGUCCAUAGAGCAUAUAUGAAGGAAGAUCCAAGCUUGAUCCUUUUAUGUCCUUGGAGAGCAUUUCAUCAAUAUUUUUCAUCUGAAAAGUUGUACUGCAAGAUCUGACAACUUUCUUUCAUUUUAAUUGGCUGGGAAGCAAAAUGUGGAUGGUAACUGUUGGAUAAAACAUACUUUUUUAUCAGAUAAAGCAUCCAACCAGUAUUUUCAUUAAAUGCUCCACAUAAUAUCACUAUCAUGUCAUCUUGUUUCAAUACAAAUGAUUUUCUCCUGAUAUUUUCAGUUGAUAAACUGCAUCCUGUAUUUGAGAUACAUGUAAGUCCAAAAUUUAGUGUUCAGUAUGAAAGAUGUAGACAGUACAGGAUCAUAGAAUUACAGCAGUCUGUAUUUCGUAAGAUUUGAAGGCCCACCCUAAUGAAUCUCUAGACAUUUGCUCAUAUUAUUUGUCACACUCUACCCAGGUGUAGUAAAUGGGUAACCGGUAGGAAGAAAUUCCUUGAAAGCAUGAACGCCUGAUCACAGUCGCACACUUUUAUUGUCAAAGUCUGCAUGAAAAUUGUAGAAACACAAACUAUCAUAACUUUCUUUUACUAUUUAUAAUAUUUUACUUGUUUUGCUUGUUAAUGUCAUUUUGAUUGAGGGGAAGUCAAUCAUGUGUAAGAGAUAAUAUCUUUAGAAAUUACAUGCAUACAUGUACCAUCUGCAUCUGAUAGUCAUAACAUGUUUUUUUUUUUUUUUUUUUUUUUUUUUUUUACUUGUGCCUGUCCGGUGAUUUUUUGGGGAAAGGCCUGUGCUUGACCAGUAAAAUAAAGAAUUGUGAAAUAAAUUUAGUGUCACCAAUGAAAAUAUCAAAAUAAAUUCAAGCAAGAAAAUUGAAGAAGUUUGCCUUCUAAUCUUAUUUCCAUACUCCUUGUUUGAGUAAAGGCCUGAAAUUUCAUAUCAUACUUAUAUAAUGAAUUUAAGUCCAGAAAAAUUUAAUUAAUAUUCAGUCUUUCAUGACACUGAAUUUCGUAUGUAUUUCAUUAUUCAGUGCCCUGACUGAUGCUGGUAGUCACUGGUUGACCGGUCAGUUCGACUCGGCCCUAACAUCUGACCAACUACUUGUAAAUUGUUUUAUUAUAUAUGAUGGACAUACUUUGUAACAUAACAUAGAAUAUUUGUAAACUUUUAACGGGGAUUUCAAAAUGGUAGCAUAGGGAAUGUAAUGUAGGGUAAAGACAAAAGGUUACUGAAAUGUCAUCUUUUUGUUACUUGCACAACAUAUCCACACACACACACAUAUGCUAGGAAUUUAUCAAUAGCAUUUAAUAUCACUUUGAAAAGUAUUGGCAUCACCAUCCUCUCACUUAUACCCCUUAUCAACGCAAAUAGUAUCAUGAUGUCUUGAUGGGCUCAUAAUAUGUUUCAAGUCUCAAUGACCAAGUAAACCAGGUAAAAAAACAAGUAUUGCAAAGUUUUGCCUACUAGUAAUUUCACUUAACUGUUGUAUGCAAAUGAUAGAGUCCACAAUGUCACAUAUUUACUAUCUCUUUUGUAUUGCAUAUGAAUUACAGAAUAUUUCAAUUUUGACACAUUUUGCAUUCAACAGAUUACAACAAUGACAACUCCACAUGUUCAGAGAGUAAUCAACUUUGUUGCACAUGGGGGGGGGAGCUAUAUGUCAUAAAAUCAUUUAUGCAAAUUAAGAUAAGUUUUUUUAUAGAUAAUUGUAUGAUGAUGAUGAAAAUAAGAAUAAUGAUGAUGAUAAUGAUGAUAAAAAUUAUUACACGUAUCAGACAUCUGAGCUGGUAAUUUACAAAACCGUAUUGCCCUAGAUUGUCUUAACUUCGGGAAGGGAUAGGUAUAUUGCUUGUAUUUUGCUCGGUCUAUACACGCAUUGUUUGCGGGAAUGACUGAUGGAAUCCGAUGACCGGGGUAAUAAUAUAUCUGUAAAGCGCUUAGACAUGUCGUUCCGAUGUAUUAAGCGCUAUAUAAAAGCGGAUUAUUAUUAUUGUUAUUAUUAUUGACUUUGCUUGCAGAGACGAUGCAAAAUGUACCUUUGUAUUUUCCCUGGUCUCACAUCCGGGCAUUUGAGGAUGCGUAGAAAGAGAUACGUUUCAUAAUGAUCCACGCAGCAACUAUAUAUGUCAUAAUAAAGACAACACUGGAUCCGGGCGCUGGAUAUGCGUCCCUAGGGACGCAAUAUUAUAAUUAUAAGUAUGUUAUAAUGGUAAAGUGCAGAGCCUGUCCCCUGGUAUAAACAUGACACAGUAAAACCAUAUUCUUGAAAGAAA